AUGAAGCCUUAGAACAAAUAAAUUGAAAUAGCUGUUGAAAAUUAAGUUGUAUUAUCAGAUUUAUAUAUUUCUCUACAAAAUCAUUUUAAGUAUAUUAUUGAUAUUUAAAUAGUUUGUAAAAUAAUAUUGAAGAAUGGAUCUGCUUUUCAUAUACAAGAAACAAAAAAUUAAAAUAUGAAGAUUAUCUUGAUGUUCAUUUAGAUCAAUAAUUGAUAAUUUUUACUUAUUCAUCAAAAAAGUUGAUCUAGAAUAAAUCUAAUUAAAAUUAAGAAAUCUCUUUAUUUCUCAAUAUCGAAUAUAAUUCUAGAGAAAGGACAAUAUAGCGGGUGUUUUAAAAUACUGUUACUGUUCAAGAUAUAAAAGAAUUAAUUUUAGCAGAUCACUCUCUAUUAUCCUAGUAAUUAUUUAUUUCCUAUUUAUAUUUUAGAAAUUGCUAAGUAGAUUUUAAAUAUUUGGGUUAGGCAUUAAAUUCUCCAUCUUUAGAUACUAAGACUAUAAAAUAGAUGAUGCUUCGUGAUAAUGCAACUCUUGAUCUUAAAAUAACUAGGAAUUCCGAAGAAGAAAAUAAAAUGUUGGCUAUUUUAUAAAACAUAAGUAAACAGUACAAUUAAAUAUAAUAAAAUUUAUAAAAACAUUUUUAAAAUAUAAUAUAAAAGGUUGAUGCAAUUAUAAGAAAUACAUUAGAUUAUAUAAGUUAAUUAUUAUAAUAAAUAGAAGCAAAUAUAUGUUUAGCUCAAAAUAAUCUAAAUUAAUUAAACAAUCCCAAUUAAAGUAAUAAAAUAUUCUAUUAUUAGUCUAUAAUAUUGAAAAUUAACUUAAUAAUAUAAAUAUCUAUGUGAAAAAUAUAGAAAUUUUGAGUAAUAAAUACACUGAAAGAAUUAUUUUAGAUUAACAAUAAAUAUUAUCUAGAUAUACUGAUAAACAAAUAUUACUGUCCACUCCACUAAAUACUACAAUUAGAGAUGUUAUAAAUUACUUAAAAACGGUUAAUAUUGUAAUUAAUUUAUAUAAUUAUAAAGAAUUAUGA